CCCCCCACCCUCUCUCUCUUUCCUUCGGUAGAGUAAAGAAUGGAGGAAAAAUCACCGAAAAGAAUCUGAGUCUGGAGGCCUCUUGCCAUUGAAAUUUCUUUGUCAAAUCUACGGCCUUUCUUCACGAAGAUCGAUCUUUGAACGUCCCUCCCUCUCUCUCUCUCUUCUCCCUUCAAGCCAAGCUGGUUGUUGACCUGACCUUCUCGGAGGAUCGUCCCUUUCGCUCUUCAAUCAGAGAUCAGAGCCACGAUGUUGGGUGUUAUAAGGCGAAGAGUGGCUUCGGGAUUUCGGUCUACCUUGAGCGUAGAGAAGCCACAUAAUGCAGUUCGAUCCGCAUCGAAGUCAAGGAUUCCUGAUGGAGAGGUAAUCGUACUUCAUUCACAAGGAUUUGCACCUGUCCGCAGCUUCUCUCACCUUGUCUCCACCCGAGGCUUGGUGGGCGUCAGGCCGCUGAGGGAAAUUUCUUUCACUCUCCAAAAUGAGGUUCCAUGUCAGAAGUUCUUUAGACCAUAUUCUUCAGAAAGUGGGGAUUUGGUUGAGGCAGUCGUCCCCCAAAUGGGCGAGUCCAUCACUGAUGGCACUUUAGCAACGUUCUUGAAGAAUCCUGGUGAUCGGGUAGAAGUGGAUGAGCCUAUUGCUCAGAUUGAAACUGAUAAGGUAACAAUUGAUGUAAACAGUCCUGAAGCUGGAGUUAUCCAAAAGUUUCUAGCCAAGGAAGGGGAUACAGUUGAGCCUGGCACCAAGAUUGCUAUUAUUUCCAAGUCUGGUGAAGGACCUGAAGGUGUGGACCAUGUUGCUCCAUCUGAGAAGAUAGAAGAGAAGGCUCCACCUCCAAAGGUUGAGGAGAAAAAGCCAGAACCUAAAGUUGAAAGUGCUCCUGCUGUAGAGAAGCCCAAAGCAGCCUCUCCACCACCUCCAAAGCGGAGUGCUACCGAGCCUCAACUUCCCCCUAAGGACAGGGAAAGAAGAGUUCCAAUGACGAGACUGAGGAAACGAGUUGCAACACGAUUGAAGGAUUCUCAAAACACAUUUGCUAUGUUGACCACGUUUAACGAAGUAGACAUGACUAAUUUGAUGAAGCUUCGAUCUGAAUACAAGGAUGCUUUUGUUGAAAAGCAUGGAGUCAAGCUGGGACUUAUGUCUGGAUUUGUAAAGGCAGCUAUUAGUGGGCUCCAGAAUCAACCUAUUAUAAAUGCAGUCAUAGAUGGAGAUGACAUCAUAUACAGAGAUUAUACUGAUAUAAGUAUAGCUGUUGGCACUCCAAAGGGUCUUGUUGUUCCCGUCAUUCGUGGAGCCGAUAAGAUGAAUUUUGCAGAGAUUGAAAAGGAGAUCAACAGCCUCGCUAAGAAGGCGAACGCUGGUACCUUAUCGAUUGAUGAAAUGGCCGGUGGCACCUUUACAAUAUCGAAUGGUGGUGUGUAUGGGAGCCUUCUGAGCACUCCGAUCAUUAACCCUCCCCAGUCAGCAAUUCUGGGAAUGCAUUCGAUUGUUAGCCGUCCAAUGGAUGUUGGAGGGGAAAUCCUUCCAAGGCCGAUGAUGUACAUUGCCCUGACAUACGACCAUAGAUUGAUUGAUGGGAGAGAGGCAGUUUUCUUCUUGCGCCGCAUCAAAGACGUGGUGGAGGACCCACGGAGGCUUCUCCUCGACAUAUGAAGACUACCAGGCAGCAUUCGGUGUUACUUUUGUAACUCUCUCAAGCUCCUGGGACCGGGCACUAUUCAGAAGUUGAAUAGACUCGAAAGAUUAAGUUUUUUGAUGUUUACUCAAGCUUUUAGUCGGACAAAAACUUUUGCCAAUUCAUGCCUCCGAUAAAAAUAAUCUUCUUGUGGCCGGUGGAGGUUAGGAAAAUUUGACUUUGAGAACGCAGUUUAUUUAUGCCGUGGCCAGAUAUAUGCGCGCUGUGGUGUACAAUGCAUUGUUGUUUACUGGGAAGAUGUUUUACUCUCAGCGAGAGAUUGUACAAGACCAGUAUUAUUUUGAUUGGAAGUGACGCAAUUCAGGUAAAUUUUUCUCUAA